AACACAAUUUUGAAACUGACGUCUUUAGCUAUGUCCUGUGAAAAUUUGAGAAAAAUUCGUUACAACCCGCAGGAGCACAACUCGUUUAAAAAUCAGUAAUUGCCGUAAAAUUCUUCGGGAGAAAAUUGAAUUUGAAAAUUACAUUUUCAAUGUUUUUCUUAUUGCAAGCGAAAUGUAUUUUAUUAAAUAACUCUUCGAGUUUUCAACAUUUUUCGUCCAAACUUGGUCAGGUAGUAGAACUAGUCUAAUGCUUUCAUGGAAACUAAUAAAAAAAUUUAGGCAAAAUUAACACUCAAAUGGCAAUACUAUGAUUGCAAUAGAAGCUAUAUGCGCGGGUUAUAUGAUCCCACCGCUUAUCCGGCGUAAACAGAAUCCAGGCAUCGCAUUGAGAGGAAUAGAACUACAUACCUGAAAAAUAUAAGCAGAACUUUCAGAACAGACGUUUCGAGCGAAGGCCGUUAUGAACGUCUAUAAUAAUAAAUUGAUUUUUUUUUAAACUUGAAAAAGACAAAAUUCCCGAUCCGGCAACAAUUUCACUGCGAUCAAACCGAUUCAAUAUCGUUUAAUUACGUACCAGCAGUAAAAUUUGUCCAUACACAUCUACCUGUCUUUCCCAAAACACAUGAUCCACACCCGUGUUGCUAAAACAUGUUUAAAAUUAUCUUUAUAAUAUUUAUUUUAUUGUAAAGUUUAGAAUAAACUAGUACGAUCAACGUUUAUAUGGAAUCGUAGUCCAUUAUACAUGUCAAUAGUAGUCCAAAAUGUGCUUAAUUAUUCAUGAUGUUUUUGUUCAAAUUAUGGUACCUGCUCGCCCACUGUUCAUUUGCUCUUAUAAAAAAUAUCGUCGUCUUUAAUAAAUCAGUUUGUAUGUUAUAUAAACUAUUUGCUUUAAGCUAAUUUUCAAUAUUUAUCGAUAUCUGGUUCGAAUAGAAACACUAAAGGUGUUGAAUAGUGGAUUUUGGUUGCUUGUUGGAGCGAAAUAAGGAGUGGUAACACAGAUUUUAGUAUUUAAUAUAUAGUUUUGUAUUGUCGCGGUUAUAAUAUGAAACCAAGGUCAGAAAAAUUAGUUUCUCUAUAUUUGAUGCUGUUUCUACCGUCCAUGAUGUUAUGCCAUCCAUCGAAUCCAUCGACAAUCAUAAGGAGCAAGAGCGCAAAAGUUUGUAAUCAUGAACAUUGUAGACAUGUAUCUGAUCAAAUCCUAAAAUCAAUCAAUGUCUCGGUCAACCCCUGCGACAACUUCUUCGAGUAUUCAUGUGGAUCGUGGAUAAAGAAUCACACGAUUCCCAAGGGGCGAACCCAAUUUUCCGCCAUAACUCAACUGAGUAUGAACAAUGAGAGGAUACUCAUGGAUGCUUUAGAAACGGACGAGCCCACGGAUUCGCCAACUUUGAAGAAAGUCAAGAAUUUUUACCGGUCAUGUCUUGAUACGAAGACUAUCGACCAAAGAGGAAAAGAACCUGCGUUGAAGUUUAUACACCAAAUGCAUUCUUGGGCACUGGCUGAAGACGGUACUUGGGACCCAAAGAUGUGGAAUUUCUACGAUACUUUGAAACUUCUACACAAAACAUCUCCAGCGGAAAUAUUUUUUGUUGUGGACGUCAUUCCGAACCCGACUAAACAUGAUAAAAGCAAGAAAGAAGUCAUAAUGGUAAGUCAUUGCCUUAUUAGGUUCCAAUGUUGUAGCUGGUUUGCAACCUUGGCCCCAGCAGAAACGCAUGUCAUCUUUCUCAACCUCUCAUGCAUGUAUAGAUAAAAAAAUUCACGAAAUGUUGCAAAUUAACCCCUACCAAGUUGAAUAAGAUAUAAAUCCGAUUCGUCAGAACGUGUCCACUCUUCGAACUUUCCCAGUUGUUGCAGGGAUGUAUCAGACAGUAUCACCAUCAUAUCUUCUCUAAUUGAUUUCAAAUAAAGUGAUAUCGACUAUCAACAGUUUCUGUCAGAUUGACUUUUGAGGAUAUGCAUACAUGCAUGUGCCUUCAUGGCUUCAUAGUCAGCCGAGGUUGGAAUCCUGCUAAGUUUUGCUUGUCUGAUCAGUAUAGAGAGCUUAAGAGCUACGACGUGGCAAACUCGACGACGCGGGCGUUAAGUGAUCUUAUUACUGUGAUAUAUGUUUGAAGCUUUUUCACGUAACCUUACACAGAGCUAAGUUUUAAUUUAUGGUUAUAUCAAUGCUAUAAGCCCGACUUUAAGUAACAACAUAAGCUUUACAUGAAAAUGAACGACGAACGACGUACAUGAAAAUGCUUAUCUAUAAUUUAACAUUGUGUUGAGAAUGACAACGCUGUUGAAAGUAGCCGAAAUUAUUCAUAGUUUUUGUCUUGCAUGACGCGUCGUAGUUCCCUCUCUCCUCCGCACAGCCUCCUUAAGUAUUUACAAAUAACUUACAUGAAGUUUCCUGAAUAAAAGUGAGCGCGCGCGGUGUGAUGGGAAGAUUGAAAUGAAGUUGGGGAGGCUCUGCCAGAUAAUGCGACGAAGUAUGGUUUUUGAACCAAACUAGUUGUUUGACCUUUUUUUAAACUUGAAAUCGACGGAAAUGUGAAAGAAAUUGAAAUGAAUCUUCAUAAUCUGAGUAUCGAAGUUCAGUAGAGUCAUUUUUAUAAAGAAAUAUUGCAAUUAAGAGGAUAUUUAUAAUCAGAUAGCUCGUGUCCAUUGAUAUUCGUUUGCAAUUUCUCAAUAUCUUUCGAUGCAAAUGGACAGAAGAAGAUAUUGAUAUUGAAUUCACCCCAGGAUACACAAGUACGCCUAAAAAUGAAAGUCGAAAACAUGUUUUAACACCCCCGAUGGUUGAUCGAACUUCGCUACAAACGAUUAUAUACGACGCCAUAUUGAUUGCAUUAACUCGCAGAGGCUUCCUUUAUUUAGCUCUUCCCAUUACUCCUUGCGCGCUCACUUUCUCGCACUAGAAACUUCAUGUAAGCCUCUGCAGAGGAGAGAGUCGUAGAUCCUAAAUUCUCUAGUUUUUGACAUCAGACGCAUGUGCAUGCAUGCAAGAGAGGUCAUCUUUAGUAAAUCCAGUUUAAAUUCAUUCUGUAAUACAAAAUGAGGAUCAACCUAAAUUCUAAAAGCAGGCUCCAACUGGACCUGUAUGAUGUAAAUAUAACCUAAUCUUUCCUUUUAAUACUUUCUAGAUCGAUCAAGCGUCUCUUGAUUUACCUCAAAUUAUCUAUUUCACCAGCGCCGCAGUAAGUAGCAUACCUUUACUAUUGUACAAUCUUCCAAGCUUAAGUUAUUAAAUUGGUGUAAGAUCAAACCAGAUGGAUUAUAUAAAAAAGUAUACAUUCACAUCCAGGAACUGCCUUUUACAAUAGCCUUGAAAACAUUACGACUAAUAUGCGUUUAUGUUUCAGGAUAUUCGUCUUUUAUGGAGAUACAUGACAGAAGUCGGACACUUAGUCGGAGCGAAAACAAACAAAUCUGCUGAAACUAUGAAAGAGGUCAUCAAAUUUGAAGCCCAAUUAGCAAAGGUGAAAAAUUAUUCAUUAUUUACACUGCUCCAUUUUUUAUUCUGAAAAAUGAGAACAUUGUUCUGGAAUGGUUUGUAAUCGGGAGUGCCCAGUCUGUGCCAAUAUGCACAAGCUGGGAUACAUACACGCACAAUACAUGAUUUAGCUGGUUCUGGACAUAGUUGAAUAGCAAAGCAGACUGGGGCCCAUUGUGGUAUUACAGUUCUUAAAAAAAAAAACACGAUACCCCAAACGUGAUCUUGACUAGUAAAAUUUCCUGGCGUUCAAUUUAGUAAAACAGAAUACGCGACUGCAUUGCUACAUUGUAUAAUUUAUCAUAAAUAAUUCGUUUUUUCAGUGCUUGGUGUUCCCUUAAUUCUUCCUGGGUUUUUUUACAAAUUACCUCUUACUGCUCCAUUUUCUCAUGGAAAAGUUAAGGCGCUGUAGGUUACACGAUGCAACUUAUUGUAACUUGCCUCGCAAUAUUUCUACUACAAAAGUUCGAAGGAGGCUUCCACAAUCCUGGAACAAAAACUGUGGGACACUCGAAGAUUGCAAGGGAUGUUACACGUCUUUGCAAUUUAAAUAUUUACUGACCAUGCGUCGUAGCAAUGUUGCGAGACAAGUCGUAACAGCGCCUUUAAUAGCGUAUAUUCGUGUGUCACAUACCUGCCAUUGAAGGUUUUGCUGGUUAUUACAUUUCGGAAAUGUCUUGUCUAAUUUUAAAAUUACUUCUGGUUGAACUGCUUCAUGUAAUUAAUUUUAAGCUUGUCAACCCCAGCCCAAGUAGUCAGCUGACAAUUUACUCAAAGCCAGGCUUCAAUUAGUAGUCGAAUAGACAAACAUGCUCUGUUCAAAAUUAUUAGCUUUGGAGGUUUCCUUAUAACAGGAUGUGACAUCGACCAACAACAAAAUAUUUUUUUGUUGAUUUUUAGAUUUUGGUUCCAAAAUCAGCAAAAAGAUACGUGAAAGUUCCACUUCAGAAACUAGAGAAAGCUGUUCCUGGAGUAAGUUGAAAGAUAUUAUAUAUACUAAUUUUUUCAAUAAUAGUUUAUAUAAUUUGUUACACUAUACCAUACCAUACCGUACCAUACCAUACCGUACCAUACCGUACCAUACCAUACCAUACUAUACCGUACCAUACCAUAUCAUGUUUAUGCACCACUUAAUUCGACUUCGACAUACCGAGUGUUUUGGGAACUGGGGUGGAGUUGAUGGAGGAAUUACGGUUUUUCAGUACCGUCAUCCAGUUCUCUCAACCUACGUCACCACAAACGUCCUAUGUUCGAUUUUCAACGCAAAAACCCUAAGCAAUUCCAUUGCAAUGAUUUCUCAUCCCCUCAACUCGUCCUUUUGAACGUCAGAAUACAUAUUAAAAACACUUAGCAGUAACAUUUCUUAGAUUGACUAUGUUCAAUAUCUUCAUUAAAGGGCAUGUGUGACAAAUAGUGUAAACAAACCUCUUUCAGAGAAAAACUGUCAUUGAAAAUCCACUGCAGUUGCGUUAUUUUUUAAUCAAUUUCAGUGAUGUCUAAUUAUAUUUAUUGAUUGUAAGAUUGCUACAUAGUGCAUUCUUUUAUUUGUUUCAUGAAUAUUUUUGUAGUUAGAUUGGCAUGGACAUCUUCAGGCGUUAUUUGAGAACAGAACAAUCAACAAGUCUGAACCUGUGGUAAUCCUGGCCAACAGUUAUAUCCCAAAAAUGAUUGAUCUUAUUAAAAAGACAAAGAAAAGGUAAUUAUAUUAACUAAAUAAUAUUAAAUAUCUUCAUACUGCGAUGGAAUGCCAAAAGUGGCCCUUUCAAACCACGUCAACCCAGUGAACUGGAAUUAUUCCGGCCCUGUUUUUGAAGCCAAGAUGGUGGACAUUGAAGAUCAUCCUCGUCCCCAGGCCCAAGCUCGGGCGGCCCUCACAGUGAAGCUUGGGCCUGGGGACGAGGAUGAUUGAAGCCCGUCUUGUAGGUAUCCCCUAGGCCCCUGCGCGGAAAUUCACCAGAUUCACAAAUUUUCAGCCGACUAUUUUAUUUAAAGUCCUCCCCAAGCACCCCCGCGCGCUCGCUCAGCUUAGCCACCACUGAUCUAUAUAAAAACACUGUAGUAUGCCUAUUUUUAGUUAUUUGCGCCUGCGUACGAGGCUGCUCUAAAGGCCUGAUUACGACGGCGAAAUUUUUCGCGAGAAAUUGUGCCUGCGAAUUACAGAUGGUUGCACAUGAGUGAUUGUGUUAAAUUUUCCCACUAUUUUAUCUUUCGCAGAAUUAGUGCAUGGAAAAUUUCACUGGUGAAUCGAAUUUUUUCGCAUACACCUAAUUCAUUUUGCGCGAUUUUUUUCGCAUUUCGCCGAAGAAAGCGAAUUAAGCUUGCCUACUAAAUUAAUACUAAACUUUUCGCAAAGUUACUUUCAAGUGAUGUCAUUAAUUAAGCCCAAGAUUAAGAGUGAAAAUAUUCUGAGGCGAAUUUGUGGCAAGUCUUGUGCCACAGAUAGAGUUCAUUUAUAACAGGAAUACUUUUAUUUCGAUUAAAGCAUCUUAUCCAAUUACAUGGUUUGGAGAACACUGAAAGAAGUUGUCCCCUUGCUGGACAGACGUUUCAGGAAGACAUAUUACAAGUUUAAAGAAAAGAUCCAAGGUUCAGCAACUAUAAAGCCUCGCCGUAAGAUUUGCUUCAGUUACACAGAUAAUAUCUUAGGCCCAAUAUUGGGUUCACUCUUCGUACGGAAAGCUUUCAGUCCAGAAAGUAAAGCGAAGGUAGGUUCUUGCUUCUUAUUUGAAGGGGAAUUAACAAUGUAUUUUGCUGAAAUGACUCAAAUGCGGGUCUACAAUUUUGGUUUUGUGGCUGGAAAAGAGUGAAGAGUUUAAAAGCGAUUGGACGCACUUGUGAUUUUUGAUGGUCAUUGAGACACAGGAUAAAACAAGUCUACUGAAAACACGCGAGAUUGUAAGAGAUAUUGCAUGAGCAUGGAUCUCGGUAUUUUAUAGAAAUCGAAAUAUAAUACAUAAUGGACGUGAAAUUGCAAAUAUAAUCUCUAAAAUGUGAAUAUUUCUUGCGUGCAUGAAAAUUACGAAUUUAGGAGUGGUGCGAUAUGCAUAUCAUACAUUCUAAUUUUUGUAAUGCCCGUAAGCAGGAAUGGGGUAAAUUAAUUAUUCCGGCAAGAAUUAAGGGUAAAGAAUUAAACACCAUUCCUCUUGGGAGAAAAUGUUCUGAACAUUUCUCUUGACAUUUUUAGGUGGAGGAUAUGAUGUCAAAAAUCAUCCAAGCGUUCAAAGAAAAUGCUAAGGAAGAACAUUGGUUAAGCCCACAAAGUGAGAAGGCUGUUCGAGAAAAGGUACAGUAUAUUAAAUUUAUAUCGCUGGCUUCCUAUGAGAUUCAAUGUAAGUCAUCAUGUUGACCAAUAAUCUUGAUUUGUCUUGUCAGGUGAAUGCGGCCACGAUAAAAGUUGGUUAUCCUCACUAUCUCUGGAAUGAGAAUGAGUUUUCAGCUAGAUACCAAGCAGUAAGCUUUUCUUUUUUUGCAAUCAUUUAUUCAAUAACCCUGCCGUCAGGGAGCUAGCAGACACUUUCUCAGAAAGGUACUAUAGAUAUAUUGUUAGGAAAUUAAUAAAAGGGUAGUCGAUUUUUGUAAGGCGGGAAAUCAAGUACUGCAAAUCUACUAUAUGAAUUAUCAAUGAGAUAAAAUCAUAUAAAUUAUUAACAGCAAAUGCUGCUUUCUUUUAGCUGGAAAUAACGGAUGGUCGUUGGUUCGAGAAUAUUGUGAACACAGAUAAGUUUUCUCUUAUGCAAACGUUCGCAAAACUUGGACAAAAAAGAGAUAAAAGCCAGUAAGUAAUUGUUUUUUCUAUAUAAUCUGUGAGAUAUAUACGAUUUCCUCUGUUUGUAAUGAUAUUUCGAAUCUUUCUUCCUUAACAAACAAAAUAAAACUUUCUAAAAUUCGAAAAAAUCAAUUCGUUAUGACCAGUGGCAGAAGCGUAGCCAGCCCGACGAUUUAGUCCCACUAUGCAAAUAUUUUCGUGUUCAUUGACUGUGAAAACAAUCAAUUUCUAAAGAAAUCAAUAAUAAUAAUAAUUUCGAAUUUGCAUAGCCGGGACUAAAUUGUCUUAUGACUUGGCGCUAUAUAAUCUUUUUUACAUUCUAGUUGGAUAACUGUUCCGCAUUUAGUCAACGCCUUCUACGUCAUUACUAAAAACGAAGUUGGUAAGUUUUUUACUCUACCUCGUAUCAGCAUUGACAGGAUUUCACCCUGAGAUCAGAAAUUGCAGCCACGAAUGGACUGCGAUCAGGCCAAGAAUGCCUGAUCGUAGGUUAAUCUUAACUGAGCAACCGUAUAUUGUACACGCGGAUGUGUACAUUAUAUUAAUGAAGCGUACUGUCCACAAAAUUAUUUCACGAAAUAUUCGGCAAAAUGUUUUGACGGUAGAAUUUUGAAAUAAAGAAUAGGUGACUCAAGGAUAAUUAAAAACACUUUAAAGCAACAAUUUGAGCCUUGUUGUCUGGCAAAUAAGUCAAAGUAAAGCAAAAUAAAAAGCGCGCGAAAGUUUUUGGCCAGCCUGCGUUGCCAUAUAAUAUUAUAUGCAACGAAUACUCAGCGAUACGGCGAUAUUUUCUGUGCCAUUUCUGGUCGUGUUUACUUACAAGAAUGCAUCCAACUAACAAUAAUCUGAUUAACAUGUUUCAAAUCAUCCUCCCAACAGUAUGAAGUAUGGGUUCACGAGCUUAAGUGAUUGUGAAGGAUGAAUUUUGAAGUAUUUCUUUGAUGACAGUGGCGUAACUACUAUAUGGGCUCAGACACUAUGUCGUUUUCUGACCAUCAGAAUUCUGUAAAAUCUGUCCCCAAAGUCCAGGAAAUGGCACUUCAGAGAGUCUAGGUUCAAAAAUGUUUCGCAUGAGCAUGCCUUGGACCCCCUAGAAAACUCGUGCAUAUACGGCGCUCGACUCGUGCCUUUGGCACUUCUACUAGGGGGCCUUCGAAAAUUUUGAACCGGGGGCCCCCUGAUAUGACGACGCCACUUUUUGAUGAAACACGUAGCUGAAUAUUUUUCAUAAAAUUGACUUAUCCUGUUAAGUUGUUUUUCGAGAUGGUCACUCUUGAUGUCUUCUCUCCAAUUCUCGAAAGCUAAAAGCACUUGUAAUUUAAAACACUGGUAAAUGAUAAUAAAUUAAUGAAAAUGCUAAUUUGAAAAAGAAUACGAUGUAUUGACCAUGCAAGAUAUUUCAUCCAUCUCACUUUUUAAGGCGCUCUUAUAUUGAAAUGCUGUAGCUACCUCGGCAUGCAGCUUUUUUUUUACUUACGUAUAUCUAUUUACAAGUUUUGUCAUGUAGACAGAUAAGACCCACAGAGCUCUUGCUCCAUUGUGGGUAACCAAACCUGAUUAUUUGAUAAAAUUAUAGACGCAAAUGGCCUGCCACCCUAAAUCAUCUGUCGCAUUGCUCUAAUGCCUCGCACGCUUAUAUAGUUCAUGCAAUAAGUAGAGUUUUGAAAUAAAUUAUAUUUUGUCAAUUUAGUUAUACCUGCUGGAAUUCUACAGCCACCUUUCUUCUAUUCGGACGUGAUUCCAAGGUAAAUUUAUUCAUCCUGUGAAUUUGAAAUACAUUCAACUUACGAUAAAUCCAAACGCAUCUGCAUAUUUGGCCGUUUCUAUAGUGCAUGUAUAUUUUUGUUUUUCCCAGGUCAAUCAGUUAUGGAGCUAUUGGUCAUGUUUUGGGUCAUGAGUUGACUCAUGGUUUUGAUGAUACAGGUAACCCAUGUUAUGACUGUGGAAUUAAGGUUCCUAUAUUUUCAAUGUGAGCGAUCGAAUUUGUAUUUAUAUAGGAGCGUUUUGCGUAUCAUGUUUUUUGUGUCAAAACAUUCAGGAACGCUACGUUCCCUAACGUCGUCGUGAAAUCGACAACUCAAAAAUGGCGCUAUAUGUCUGAUUGUUCUGCAGUGGGAAAUUGUACUGAAGUUAGCUAAUUAUAAUAGUUUGACAUUUUGGCAAUAAUAGACGUAGGAAUGUAGCCAUGGGCGUACCGGGCGAGGGGGGGGGCGUCAACCACACGCCCGGUCAAAAUGAAGUCGGGCAAUUAUAAACGUAAGUUGGGCAAAAAGAUGGGGGAAAUAACGUUAAAAAGAAGAAAUAUGCAAUAUAAUAGUUGAAAAUGCAAGAAAUAUAUCAAAAUUAAGAGAAAUUAUCACAGAUGCCGAAACUUUUUUUCGUUGGAGACUUUACACAGAAACACAGAAAAAUUUUUUUGUGAGUCGGGCAUAAUGGGAAAACGUCGGGUAAAUUUAUUUCUGCCCCCCCCCCUAAUUUUCCCCUCCCGUACGCCUAUGAAUGUAGCCGAAUUCCUGAAUGUCUUUACACGAAAACAAGAGACGUUUUCUCGGGCAUCCACAAUUUUGGUAAUAGUAGAUAAUAUGAAGGUAGUAGGCAGACGUCAAAACGAAAUUUUCGUAAAGGCAAUUGUAUACAAUGCCCUGGUCUGUAUAACACACCAAUUUCGUUAGCUAUCAGUGUGAAUGACUAGAGUUCAUAGUAUGUGAUCGUUCAUAGGACGUAAGUUUGAUAAUGCUGGCGAGUUAAUUGGAAAUGCAACAGGCUGGAGUAAACUAUCAAUCAAGCAUUUCAAAGAAAAAGCCGAGUGCCUGGUGAAACAGUUUGGACAAUAUAAAGUACUCAAUAAAUUCCACGUAAGAAAUGUUUAUUGGUCUGUUAUUAUUAUUAAUACUAGAAAAUACAUGCAUGCAGAAACCCUCGCCUUGUUGUACGAUCAUUUUAAGAAUAGUUUUAAAAUUGAAAAAUCCCCCCAAACUAUCACUUUUAAUUACAAAAUGAUCAAUUUCCCAAACAUAUAUAUAUGCAAAGCAUGAACAACCGAUCUUGGUCUGAUUUACAAAGCGAGCCGUAGUAAAUCUGGCAAAUAAAGAUUGGACGCGAAUGCGUUGUAUUAUACUUAAAAUACAAAUGCAUUUAAUUAUAUAAGUACUUUAUGUAUAUCAGGAUGGAAUCGGUUUACGUAUGCGAAUCGUAUGCGAUUUACAAAUAUUGAUUAACCCUUCGCUACUUUUCAAUUUUUUCAUGAAUUAUUAAAUGCGAAUUUUAGUAUUAAAAGUUUUAAAAUGUUGUCCCUAUAGAGGUCAAAUUCUCUCACAACUGAUACAGGCGAAUUAAAAUUAGAAUGAAUACGUGCAUACAGCAAAAAUUGAAGUCAAACAUAUGCACAGUCAAUAAAUGCGAGGGCAAAUCACUGAUUUUUAAAUCAGUGAUUUGCCCCUCGCACUUAUUGACUGUGCAUAUGUUUGACUUCAAUUUUGAUUUAAAAAUCACAUACACCCUCAGAAAAAUCACAAAAAAAAUAAAAAUUGUAAAAAUCAACAAAAAUAAAAAGAUCAAGUUAGUUCUACUUUAAUUACCCUUUGUUUGUUCUCUCAAAAGUAGGAAAAGAGAAAAUUACCAUGGCAAAAAGUGCUAAAAAAAGCAAAGAGUGAGAGAAAAAAAAAACACAAAAAUUUGAAGAAAUAAGUAUUGUUUGAAAAAAAUUAUAAAAGCGAAUAGGGAAAAAAGGUUUUGAAAAAAUAAAAAAAAAAUCCGUGAAAAAUAAAAAAAUCACAAAAAAUAUCACAUGAUUUUUUUAUCUCGUGCACUUUUUAGUAGUGAUUUGUCCCUCGAAUAAGUGUUUAGCCCUCCAGCAGGAAAGUACGGAAAACCAACAUUUUAUUGGUUAUUUGCAUUUCUUGUAAUGUUUAAUAUUUUAAACCAGGUUGACGGCAAGGAAACACUUGGUGAAAACAUGGCGGAUGGUGGAGGAAUUAAAAUGGCCUACCGUGUAAGACUUUUGCUUAUAACACGAUUUCCAAUAUAUACACAUGUAGAAUCCUGGCAAACAUUAUUGUGGACAGCGCGUGGAUAAAUAAAAAAUACAUCGAGUCCACCUGUAUGAUAAAGUCCUUGCAAAAACACAAUUUCCAUAUCCACCUUCCACAGCUCAAUGUUGAAAAUCCUAUAAAUUUAGCUUUGUAUGAUGCAAUGUUACAAAAAUGCCAACAUGUGAUAUUAUACAAACAAGACGCCUGCUCAGGCGUUCACACUGGCCUGAAAAUGGCAACUUUCGUGGUAGGGUGUAAUGUGUAGUAGAGAAGUAGAUAGGGAUACAGGAGGUCUGGACCAUAUAAAUACAACCAAUAAAUACAAUCAUGAUCAGCAAUUAUCAACCAUAAUAUACCAAGACGCCGGCUCAGGCGUACCCUCCUGCUACGGCAACUCAACCUGGCAAGCCAGGCCCACUGUAACUAUGAUCAUCAGCUAUCAAUCGUAAAUAAUGAUGGGCCAGCCAGGCCCAAUGUAACUAUGAUCAUUAACUAUCAACCGUAAAUAAUGAUGGGCCAAUAAUAGCGAAGAAAUUAUAUAGUCCUUGAUUUUUAAUGCCAUUAUAUGGCUAGUUCCAUGCGCUAAAAAGUUCAUAGACAUAGACGAUUCUUCUAAAAAAUACACCAAUUUGCUUCCAUUUAUAAGGUAAACUGAUCCCAACCCAAAGCCCUUCUUUAACCCCAACCAGUAAACAUCUAAUAAACAAUUUGAGAAUUAAAAAAGUGUGGGGGGGGAAGUUGGAUCUUGUUCCAAAAACAAAUUGAACCGUAUCACGUUUCACUGACUUCGCCGCACGCAACGCCACCUCGCUGAAUACAAUAAAAAAAUACAUUUUUAUAGUAAUAUAUGAUGAAAUGGAAAGUAAUUUGGCGCAAUUAAAUUAAUGUAAUUAGGUGCAAAUCUAUAACUAUACAAAUGAACACAAGUGCACAACGCUUGUUUAUGAGUCUACAACGUAUAUUUAAAAAGUCAAACUGUCAAACCUUAAACUUGUCCUUGUUUAUAUUCCACUUAAUCCACUAUAUUGUAUAAAUUCGCUGGGUCCAAAUUUUGGGGUUUUCGAGUCGUUACACAAAGAAAAACACAUCAAUUCAACACGUAAGAGAGUAGUCCAGAGUGCAGCACAACGUAUUUUCCAUAGGAAACCGGCACAAUUCUUUGAAAAUUCAACGAAACUGUGUGAAAUAUAUAUUAGAUCGCUCAGUGAAAAACCGCCAUUUUGAAACUGAACUGAAUAUGUCAUUAUAGCACUCUAUCCUUGGAGUUCGGAAUUGUGCGCGUGCGUACAAGUGUAUGGGCUAAUAAACGAAAAAUAUACCACAAGCAUGGCAUGAGCCGGCUAUUACGUACAUAAAUACGAGCUUGUUACUGUAGUAUCUAAAUCACGGAACCGAGGGGAAUCGAUGGUAUUUUGGCUUAGUCGUUGCACCCUGAGCCUGCGACGAAGAAAACAGAAAGCAGAAAAAGAGGGAUUUAAGACACUUGGCCUACAGCCAGUGUAAUAAUGAAUGUUUAUGAGUACAACGGUAAAAUUAUUUUCAUACGGUGAAUUGAAAAUGAAAUCUUCCAUUUCACGAGGCGACAGCUGAGUGGAAUGGAAAAUUCCGUCUUUCACCGAAUGAAUAUAUCUUUACUAUUGCACGAAUGAACCGAAAAUAAAUUUUUAUAUAUAAUACAUGUACCUUAUUCAAUUCUGAUCGUUUAAUUUGCUCUUUAUGGUCACGUGAUAUUGAAUAGAAAAUUCCAUUUCCCAAGAGUGCAAUGGAAUACGUUCCAUUGCACUCUCUGCGAGUGCAGUUGUACUAGAUACGUUUUAUUCCAUUGCACUCUUUGUGUUUACGAUAAAUCGCAUCCGUCAAAAUGCUUCUCGUACGGUGAUCGCAGUUUAUUUUAACCCGAUAUUCGAAACUCAGUAAAUGGGAUUUAAUGCAAAUACGACUCGUCAAAAUGGCGGGAGCUUACAGUAAACCUUUUAAUAUUAGUCUACUUUGGUAUUAUAUAAAACAAAUUAAUAAUGAAUGUUUUUUAUUCGUGCAAUGGUAAGAAUAUUUUCAUUCGGUGAAAUACGAAAUGUUCCAUUCAACUCGGCUGUCGCAUCUAUCACCUCAUGAAAAUAUUCUUACCAUUGCACUCAUAAACAUUCAUUAUUUGUAUAACAUACAAUUUAAAUAAAUACAAUUUUAUUAAACUUUUAAGUGAAUUAAAUCCAAAACAAAUACAUACUUGUUCAAAAAUAAUUAAAAUCCAACAAAAAAGUGCGAACAAACGUUUUUGUAAAGAAUUUUAAAUAUGAUAAUGGCGUAUAAAUUAUCGUAAGGGUUAUCGUAGAAAUGUUGUAUUUUUGUUUCGCAUCAGUGUUAUGUAUUUGAAUUUAAUUCCAUCGGUCUCAGUAUCGGUCUUACGAUACGAAUAUGAUUUUGAAUGAUUGUACCCACCGUUGUAUAGUACAAGUACCAUUGCACGGCUGAGCGUGAUCAUAAUUGACCAUAAUUUAAUGAGGUCAGAUGUUAUAUUACAUGACCAUAACUUAAUGGUAUUAUAUAAAAAUAUAUUUCCACGGAAUUUUCGCCAUAAUUGUAGAAUAGUGUUCCAAGAUAUUAGGUAGAUAAGAUAGACCUUAAAAUUCGUGUACGAAAAUUUCGUGACAGAAGAGCAUACAAACUCGCGAGAACCAAAUUUAAGUCCCCGGGGAUCCGCUUUUUCGCAUCCCCUGAAGUUACUGCAAAAAGUAAUAUUAAUUUUGUGUGUAUUUGCUGUAGGCAUAUGUUGACUGGAUUAAAGAAAAUGGGGAGGAAGAAAUCUUACCUGAUUUGGAUAAGACCAGUCAACAACUGUUUUUCAUUGGUUAUGCGCAAGUAAGAUAUAUUAACUCUUUCCUGCAUACCCGAUGGUUUCACAAUAACAAGUAAAUCGUUUUCAUAUAUAGUUGUUAGCAGGUCUCAGUUCACUGCAUGUAUAUUUCCAUAAAUGCGCAAAUAACAUGAACAUUACUCAAAUGACAUAUUCUCAAUUCUCUCGUAAUGGCCGCUCCACUGACAAAUUCUUAAAAAAGGCCCUGCCAGCCACCCCCAGUCAUGCAGAUUCUACUAUUUGCUAGUAUUUGCUAGAUCAGCUCGCCUCGGUAUUUUGGGUACUGAUCUAAUCGGUGAUAUCGGGCAUAUUUGUGUCCGUUCCCCUAUAAUAUUCCCCCCCCCCGUGUACGCCUGUGCUCAAAUCGUUUCCUUCGAUCGUACAUUCUAAUUUUUAUUAAUACUUUGAUUAUAGAAAGAGUGUACAAAAACGACGAGCACCUCUGAGUUCCUAUCUGUGACUGAAGACGUUCACGCGCCCACAAAAUUUCGGUACGUUUUCAUAUACUCUCCGAAACCAGAUCAUAUAUGCAUGUAAAGUCAUGUUUACAGCAAACGAAUCAAAGGAACAUUUAUAAUCUAUAUAUGGCUUUCAUCUUUUAUAUUAUUUGUAAAGCUCAACAGUAGGUGCAGUUGUUCAUUUUUCACAAAAACAACUUCCGAAAUUGACUUACAAAAAAGUAUCCUCCGCCCAGUAUUCCAAAUCUUAUAUUAUAAAAUAUUAUAACAAUCACCUUGACAAUAACAAACCCAUUUUGAAUCGGAGAACCUUGGGCGCGCCCCUUGGAAAUAAUUGAUAGUGACUCACGGUCAAAAAUUGCGCGCACAAAUUGAGAGCUAAGAUAUGAUGGGCUACCUCAUCUUAAAUGAACAUACGUAGAAUGUACAUGCUAAUAUGUACUGAAUAUUAAUGAGGAAAUCAAAACUGCUAAAUUAUUUCAAGAUAUAGAUAUUUUAUUUAUUUGAAGAAUUUCGAGAUUAUAAGUGAAGGUUAGAAACCCAAGAAAAAUAUUAGGUGACCCAAAACGAAUUAAGAACUAUUUAUUAUAUGGCAAGCAUCACUUCCGGUUAAAUGGCGGACUGUGAUUAGCUGAGAAGCAUUUUCAGCGGUCCUUUAUUUCCCCGUUUAUUAUUAGCAUGACAAAAUUACUGGAUGCCAAUUGGUUGAGAGGAGUACAAUUAUUUCAUUAAUUGUACUGCAGUACAAUUAAUUAUUUUUUCAAAACAAACAAAUUAAAAUGGCGGAAAGGUAUUUUAAACACAAGCAUGAAAUGAAAUUGCCGUAGAAGAACUAGAUGAAUAUACGAACAAAAGCACCAAAUUUUGCUUUAACAAAAGAACUAAAUGAAAAAACGGACAAAAGCACCAAAUUGUGGUUGAAAGUCUGGCAGGACUGGGCUUUGGCGAGAGAAUAUAUGAUGUUAACAUUGAGAAGUAUCCAAUUUUGUCAUGCUAAUAAUAAACAAGUAAUCAUGCGAUGUUGCUCGUACAAUUAUGGAUUAAUAGUACUCGUACUAUUAAUCCCUAAUUGUACUCGCCAUCGCAUGAUUAACUAUACUACCAUUAGUAUGGUGGUGAUCCAUUACGUGAAAACAAACGCGUGCAUCUUAAAACAAAGCAGCAAAACUAAUUGCAAAAAUUCAAAAUUAUAAUCUAAUUUGUUAUUAAUAAGAUAUCUCAUGCGAAUGGUUUUUUGUGGAAAAGAAGGAAUACAUUGGUAUUGUUGUUUUCGACCUAAGGGUUAGUCUAGGGGUGGGGUGAAGGUUGGGUUAUCAGCGUGUAUGAAUGAUGAUAAACAUCAUGCAUAAAAGUGCAUCUGUAUGAUGAUAUACAUCAUAGAUUCGAGGAUAACCGUAUGAUGGAUAACCGAUAUACAUGUACAUCAUACAAACGAAAAGGAUAAUUGACUUUUGAGGUAUUCGACAGAGAAAUAUCAGAGUAACGAAUGUUCCGAGUACAUGUACCCUCAUCUGAACAUUCAUAACUUAUCCACUCGUUCACAUCCAUCAGAAGAAGAAAAUCGCACCCUAAAAUCGCAGCACAAAUUGCAAGUGUAAACGAGGCUUUAUGAGUUGCUGUUUAAAAAAGACAUCUUCUUAGGCCGUCUAUGACCGUCUAAAUUCAAAUCGGCCAUCCAUAGAACGGUUGCAUGGACGGUUGCCUGGCUAUAAAUACCAUGCACAACUGUAUUAUAAAAUUGUAAGUGUGUUAAAUUCUCUCGCUAGAGUUAAAAAUUAAAUUGAAUUUUUUACUCAUCUUGUCUAGUGUUCUUGGAACCCUGGCGAAUAUGAAAGAAUUUUCAGAAGCAUUUGAUUGCCCUCUUGGAACCACCAUGAACCCGAAAGCAAAAUGCGAUGUUUGGUAGUGAAAUACUUUGAAAGACUUUAAAAAUUUCAUCGCAGGACUACUUUUACAGCCACUCGCAUUUGAGCUUGCACGUUCAUCACCUUCGUACUAGGCUAAUGACGGGAACAGACUUGCUACAACUUGUCCCAACAUGAAUAAUACAGGCUGUACGUAACAAGUUGCCACUAGCUUGUUAUCAUGAAUUUGCUAACAACUUGUUACGUGCAGCAAUAUCGGACUUCUUUGAACAACUUGUUACAAGCCUGUUGACCUCACCAACCUUAUUAUACCAGAUAGAUGACAAUAAUUACUUGUUCCAGACUUGUCACCAACUGGGAACAAGAAGUAUGAAAUACAGUACAUCUUGUUGAAAGCUGUAAGAUUUUUGCGCGUGUAGGCCUCCAUAGGAGUUUUAUGUUGUUGC